CUCAGAAGUUAUUUGAGGAAGACGAGGUGACUCACCUGCACUGGAUUUCACCUGGACGGUAAGUCUUCACUGCCAUUUCCCAGAAACACAGCGUGCCAUUAGGAUUUCGUACAUUAGGAUUUCAUACAAGUGCAUGAAGUCAAGCGCAAAAACGAUAAACAGGUGAUCAUCAAGUGAAAUUUCCAUUACGAGAAGAUCUAUUUAGUAUUCCCAUGAUGGCAGAACACGGUGACCCUUGCACUGGGUCAGAAGCCAACUUUUGCAUGAAUGGAGGAACAUGCUUUAAAAUACCCUCGGUGUCUACUCCCACAUGUGUCUGCAGUGCGAACUAUGAGGGCAGCAGAUGUGAGCAGUUCCAGCUGUUCAGUUUCUCACGGGACAGUGAGGAGAAGGGCAUGAUCGCUGCUGUGGUCAUUAUCGCCGCCCUCAUUAUAGUGGUGCUCGCUGUGGUCAUCUACUACAGCUGCAAAAUAAAGAGAAACGCCCGGAGUCAACCAAAGCCUGAGGAGUACUGGAGAGUCAAAUCAAGCAGUCAGCCGGUGUGACUCGACUUUUGAAACAGAUGCGUGUGAACUCGACAUUGGUGUCUGAAAGAGGUUUUGAUGUUGUGGACAACUCCAUUAUGAUUGAUCUUGGACUCAAUGUGAAAAUUUGUCAGUUGCACUAUAGCUCAAAGUGCCAGAUACUCUCAAAAUAUCUUUCUUAAUGUUCAUAGAUUUUGUAAACAGUUCUGUCAAUUAAAACACCUUAAUUUAAAUAUGUAAAAAGGAUGCAGAUUCUUCACAAGCAAACUGUUACCAUAUCAGAUGUUCAAUGGAAAGCAAUACAUUUCAAAACGAGCAUCCUUAGCAUAGAUUUAAAUUUUAAUUAGAUAUAGAAGAGUUAAUAAUAUAUAAUAUAUUGGUCACAUGUGCUAUGUACAUACAUUUUUACAGUGUGCUGUUUUUGUUUUGGCUGAAACUUUGAUUAUACUCUUAUUCCUUUUUUUACUUCUACUGGAUUAUACUGGAAUAACUUCACACGGUUGAAAUGUUUUACCAUUAAAUGUAAGUAACAACAACAUGCUCAAUUAUUAAUCACACCAAUUAUCACACCACUGGACAUAGAAUCAUUUUAUCAAAUAUAAUGAGACCAUAUUCAAAGAAAAUAUUUCCAACCUUUUCAAAACAUGUUCAUGUCAUAUAAGCGUGUUACUAUAUCUGCAGUAUGUGUACUGUUUACAAUAUGCACGUUUUCUGUAUGUUUAAUACCUAGAUGAACUAGUGUGUCUAAAUGUGCAUUAUACAUGUUGUAUAAUGUAUCCCACAAUGCAAUGUGAUUCCAGUGAAAUGAAUGAAGCAGAUGUAUAAAUAUUAACUAAAGUUUUACCAGUGUUUUCUUCUCACUAUUAAUUCUGACUGUCAAAAGUUUUAAAUAUUUAGAUAAACUUAAAAAAAAAAUAAAAAAAAUAAAUAAAAAAAUUAAAUGGAAUGUUUUAUUGAGUUUCUAUCUCUUAUGCUUCAUUAAAAAAAAGAACAAAGAAUAAAUAA